UCAUUUCCAUCAUUCUCUCCACUCUCAAUUUCUCUCCUCUCCCUUUCUUUCUUAUCAUUUUUUCAAACAAAGAGUUCAUUUUUCAUCCCUUAGAUUUCUUGUAAUAACUUAGCUUCUGUUCAUUUUUUUACGCUUCUGUCCAAUUCUUCAUAAGCUAUGGGUCACGUCUUUUCAAUUCAAUGCGGUGAUGCCUUGAUCGGUCGUUGCUGGGAUUGCGUUGCUGGACAAGCUCUUUAUGUAUGUCAGCUUGAAGACAAUCUUCUAGAACUUGAGACUGCAAGAGAUAAAUUAAGAGAGCUGAGCAAUGAUGUGAUGCGGUGGGUCAACAGUGAGGAAACUCCACAAACAGUGCAGCUGGAUCGAUUUGGAGGAUGGCUUUCAAGGGUAGACGCUACCAUUACUGAAGUUGAUUCUCUCCUCAACAGAGCUACGCGAGAAAGACAGAAAUUGUGUCUCGCAGGCUGUUGCUCCAAGAACUGUAAGUCCACCUACAUGUUUGGGAAAAGCGUUUCCAGAAGCCUCAAACAUGUGGUUGGUUUGAUGAGUGAAGGAGAUUUUAAGGAAGUGGUUGAGAGGACACUUCCAGAACCAGUGGUUGUAGGAAAUGUUAAUCCAACAUUGGGCACUGAAACUACCUUAGACGAGGCAUGGAGCUACAUCACGGGAGAUGCGGUGAGAAUUGUUGGCAUAUACGGUAUGGGGGGAGUCGGUAAAACUACUCUUCUUACUAAAAUCAACAACAGAUUUGCCACUAUAUCUAAUAAUUUUGAUGUUGUGAUUUCGGCUGUGGUUUCUAAAGAUUUGAAACCUGAGAAGAUUCAAGAGCAGAUUUGGAAAAGAAUUGGCUUUUUGGAUAAGAAAUGGAAAAAGAAAAGCCUCCGUGAGAAAGCGGAAGACAUAUUUCGUGUACUGAGUAGAAAGAAAUUUGUAUUAUUAUUAGAUGACAUAUGGCGGCGAGUUGACCUUGAAGAGAUUGGGGUUCCUCUACCUACUAGACAAAACAGAUGCAAGAUAGUAUUCACAACACGCUCUUGCAGAGUAGGCGGGCAAAUGGAAGCUGAAAAGAUGAUAAAAGUAGAACCUUUGGCUUGGGAAGAAGCUUGGGCGUUGUUUCAGAAGAAGGUUGGGGAUAUUGAUUUUGAUAUUGUUCCUCUGGCUCAAGAUGUUGCUAAAGAGUGUAGUGGGUUGCCAAUCGCACUCAUUACCAUUGGUAGAGCCAUGGCCAGUAAAAUUACAAAGGAAGAAUGGGAGCAUGCUCUUGAGGUACUUAGAAGCCCUGCCUCAAGCUUACCAGGCAUGGAGGAUGAGGUAAUUCAAGACAUGGAGGUUGAGGUAUUUGUAAGAUUGAAGUUUAGUUAUGACGGUUUGCUUAGUGAUAAAGUUAAAUUUUGUUUCUUAUAUUGUUCCUUAUUUCCGGAAGACUUUGAAAUUGAGAAGGAUGAGUUGGUACAUUAUUGGAUUUAUGAGAAUUUUUGUGCUCGCAAUGAGGCAUAUUCUAUAAUUGGCACUCUUGUUGGGGCAUGUUUAUUGGAAGAGAAAGGCCGACAUGUGAAAAUGCAUGAUGUGAUUCGUGAUAUGGCUCUGUUGAUAGCAUGUAAAUAUGAAAAAGAAAAACAUAAGUUUUUUGUGGAAGCGGGUGCCCAAUUAACUCGAGUACCAGAGGUUGGAAAAUGGGAAGUAUCAAAGCGGAUGUCCUUGAUGGCAAACUCCUUCGAGAGAAUCCAUGAAGUUCCUAGAUGUCCUGAUCUUUUGACUUUAUUUCUCAGCGAUAAUCGUAAUUUGAGUGAGAUCAGUGAUGGUUUCUUUCAGUUUAUGGGUACACUAACCGUUUUAGACCUAUCAAGUACUAAUAUCAAAAAAUUGCUGGUAGGAAUAUCAAAAUUGAACUCAUUGCAAUAUCUUAAUCUGUCAUGGACGUUGAUAAGUCAAUUGCCAAUUGAGUUGAAAAUGUUGGUAAAUCUGAAAUAUCUGAACUUGGUGGGUAAUUUCGAGCUAAAUAUGAUUCCAAGGGGAGUCAUAUCCAGUUUAUCAUCAUUGCAAGUUUUGAAAAUGUACAACGUUGGUUUUAUUUGGGUCGAAAAAUUGGAAGAUAAUAUAUUGAGGGAAGAGAACAUGCUAAUAGAGGAGCUACAAUGUUUGGAACACUUGAAUGAAUUGAGCAGUACAAUAAGAAGUGUCUCAGAUCUCCAGAGUUAUGUCAACGCCCACACAUUAGUCAACUGUACUCGAGCUCUAUGGCUUAAUUUGUUUCCAAGUCCACAAUCUCUCAACAUUUGGUGGUUGGCAAAUAUGAAGAAUCUAGAAGAUAUGGUUAUAAUCGGUGGAAGUAAUUCAGAAGAGUUGGGAGUCAAUGUUGUAAUGGAAGAGAUAGAAGCACAUGAUGCAGGUGGAGGUCUAGGCAACUCAAUGAUCUCAAGGAAGACAUACUUUAAUAGCCUUCAUACAUUGACUUUAGGGGGAAGCCUCAGAUUGAGGGAUCUGACAUGGGUUAUUCUAGCUCCAAAUUUGACGUGUUUGAAUGUGCAAGUGAACGAGCAUAUAGAAGAGAUAAUAAGUGUUGAAAAGUUAGAUGAUGGGAUGAAAAUUUUAACCCAUUUUUUAAACUCCAAGUGCUCAGGUUGCUUUUUUUACCACAACUGAAAAGCAUAUAUCCCAAUGCCUUGUCCUUUCCCUCUCUAGAAAAAAUCGAAGUAAAAAGAUGCACCAAAGGUCGUCAAGAAAGAAAUGGUUGGAUUUUUAGACAAAGCAACAAGGAUCUUCUCAUAUGAUGGAAAGAAAAUGAAGUAUAGAUUCAUUGAAGCACCUAUUGGAAACAGAGGCAAUAAAUUCCAAUUUCAGCCGCCAUGAAACAUGAAAAGAGUCCAGCUAAGGACUAUAAAUUAGCCCUCUUGGGAGGCAUCCCAAGUUCUUUUAUUUUCCUUUUUGUUGAUUUACUUUUAUUUACAUUGCUUUUGUUUUUAUCUCAAAUCUCCAAAUUCAAUUUUUGACAUUGUUGAAUCUUGUCCCUUGUAGAUGUAUUUCAAUGGAGGAAGGCUGGUGAACUGCUGGGGAGUGACCCUUAACUGAUAUUUUAUCCCUCAACUCUCCCAAAACUGAUUAAUUUUUGCUGCAUAACCUGUGCAGGUUUGCUCUUGGUUUAUGCAAAAAAAUGAAAUUUGCAGCAAAGGAGGGGGUCUGCAGCAGAUGACUUAUGUUCUUGGUGAGGUUGGGUGUAUAACUUUUAAGUAUUUGUGCUUAUAAUGUUAAUAUGGUGGUAAGUGGGUCAUUUUUGCAGUUUUGAGCCUAUUUGAGUUGUGGGAUUUAAGGUGGACAUAUUGCAUUUUCUUGGCAAAACUUGGGGAGUCCAUUCUCAUUUGUGGAUGGAUGCAACUUUAUGCUGAUUUUAUUGAGUUUUAAUGUGCUAAAUGUUGAUUUGCAGAAUUUGAGUUGAAAUGGCAUGAUUCAUAAAUGCCUUUUAUGCAGGAUUCACUUUUACAAGCUUGUGUGAUGCAAUUUUGAUGGACUUUGUAUAUAUUGAUGUGUUUUUGGUGACAAUUUCUCAUAGUUUAUGCUUCAUAUAAUUAUAUUUCUUCAUUUUAGGGUAUUUUUCACACAUGCAAAUCAUUUUCAUUUGUUCUCUCAAUUUUGUUGAAUUGUGCAUAAGUAACUGCAUAACUUAUGCAAUCCUGCAUAACCACAAUUAUUGCCAUUUUCAUCUCUAUUGCAAAAUGCAUAAGGAGGUGCAUAACUUAUGUAACUCUGCAUAGCCAUAUUUUGUCAAAUUUCAUAUCUGCCAAGACUUGCAUAAGAAGAGCGCAUGACUUAUGCACUUCUGCAUGACUUCAAAUCCUGCAUUUUCUCUCUCUGCCGAAAUCUGCAUAAGGAGAGUGCAUAGCUUAUGCACUUCCGCAUGACCACACUCUCUAAAAAUCAAAACCUGCCGAGAGGUGCAUAAGCAAGGUGCAUGACUUAUGCACUUCUGCAUAACCACACUCCCCAAAAGCCAAAACCUGCCGAGAGGUGCAUAAGCAAGGUGCAUGACUUAUGCACUUCUGCAUAACCACACUCCCCAAAAGCCAAAACCUGCCGAGACCUGCAUAAGGAGAGUGCAUAACUUAUGCACUUCCGCAUGACCUAUUUCUCUGAAAUCCAAAACAGGCCAAAACUUGCAUAAGUUAGCGCAUAAGCUAUGCACUCUUGCAUAAUCAGUUUUUCACACUUUUUUAUCACCCACCGAAACAUGCAUAAGAGAGUGCAUAAGUUAUGCACACUCACUUUUCACUUAUGCAGUUUUACACAAACCCUGUUCAAAUCAAAAUUUCUUUUCGGCAACCAUUUUUCCCACCUCCUCUUCCCGUCUUUUCUGUUCACGACUGUCCCUCCACUUCCAUUUCUCCCAGCAUUACCUCUCUUCUUCUUCUCCACUCCUAUUUUUGCCGCAUUUGCCUUAAUUUCUCUCUGCCUUUUUCAUUUUCUCCCUCAUCUCCUCCAUCCUCACCAUCGGCAACCAAUGGAGUCGCCUCCUCAUUCCCCUCAAACCUCCCCUCUCCAAGUUUCGCCCUUGGCAAUGCGGCCUCCCAACCCUGAUUCCCCUCCACAAGAAACUCCUCCUCCACCUCCAUCACCUCCUCCAGCACCAUCACUUCGACAGCAACCAGCAGCAACCAGCCCCUUAGCAGCAUCUUUGGACAAGGGCAAAACAAUAGAAUUAGAUUAGUUUAUGCUUUACUUUUGUUCAAACUUGUAGGAGUUUUUCUUUGUAGAUAUGUUGAAACAAUUUUAGUUUGUUUUGAAUUCUGUUUUUCUUGAAGUUUUAUUGGAUAGCUAUUACAUUAGUUUUUCAUUAAUUUUCAUUGCCUUUACUGCC